GCCUGGUCUAAACACAAGCAAGAGACACCCCAGAAUCACACUAUCCCAAUCAAGCUUCCUCUUCCAGGGAAUGCAGAAAUAUGGAGAGAUCUUCUCUCUCAAACUCUGAGUUGUCGGUGAAGGGGAACAAGUCCAUCGGCGACCGGACUUGCCAUAGGAAACACGUUGAAGACGGGUAGUGCACCAGACCAGAAUCGGAACCAGAGCUAGUAGAAGCAAAAGUUUCCGAUGGCUAAGAUUAGCCAAGACAAGUUAGACUACUCAAGCCUGCUCCAUGGCAAAUACGAGCUGGGCCGCCUGCUUGGCCAUGGCACCUUUGCAAAGGUGUACCAUGCCAGGAACUUAAGAAAUGGGGAGAGUGUAGCCAUGAAAGUGGUUGCGAAAGACAAGGUGAUAAAGGUGGGGAUGAUGGAGCAAAUGAAGCGCGAGAUAUCGGUGAUGAAGAAGGUGAGCCACCCCAACAUCGUCCAGCUCCAUGAAGUCAUGGCAAGCAAGUCCAAGAUAUACCUGGCCAUGGAAUAUGUUCGUGGGGGUGAGCUCUUUUCCAAGAUUGCCAAAGGCAGACUGCGGGAGGAUGCAGCUAGGUCCUAUUUCCAACAAUUGAUUUCAGCCGUGGAGUUCUGCCACAGCCGCGGGGUCUUUCACCGGGACUUGAAGCCUGAGAACCUCCUCCUGGAUGAACAGGGGAACCUCAAGGUCACUGAUUUUGGGCUGUGCGCGCUGUCGGAGCACUUGAAGCAGGAUGGUUUGCUGCAUACCGCCUGUGGGACUCCGGCCUAUGUUGCGCCGGAGGUGAUUGCGAAGAGGGGCUACGAUGGCGCAAAGGCAGAUAUAUGGUCUUGUGGGGUGAUACUGUUCGUGCUUAUGGCUGGAUUUUUGCCCUUCCAGGAUGACAACCUUAUUGCUAUGUACAAAAAGAUCUACAGAGGGGACUUCAAGUGUCCGCCUUGGUUCUCACCUGAAGCGCGCAGAGUUGUUUGUAGGCUGCUUGAUCCAAACCCCAAUACCAGAAUCACCAUUUCCAAGCUCAAGGAAACAUCCUGGUUUAAGAAAUCAAAGCCUAAAAAUGUGCAGACUACUGCUAGUGGUGUUGCCGUCGAAGAGGAAAUGGAAGUGAAAGAGAAGGUGCCUGAGGCUCUUAACGCCUUUCACAUAAUCUCGUUAUCGGAGGGGUUCGAUCUGUCGCCUCUAUUUGAGGAGAAGAAGAAGGAGGAGGAAGAGGAGAUGAGGUUUGCGACGUUAAAAAAGUCGAUGAGCGACGUGGUAUUGAAGCUAGAGGAGCUGACCAAGCCUGGGAUGUUUCCGAUGACUCCAGCUCUCGGAGGAGACAGUGUGGAUCAGUACAAUCAGAGUUGCGGCAAGGAGUUGAGACCAGCAGUGGAGGGCAUAGGCUGGACAGCAACCCAAAAUUCGGCAGUUGCUUGAAGCCUUGUAGACAUGUACAACCCCCGUGAGAAUUGGCAGCCAAUUGUGGAUGAAAAUUGCUUCGAUUGUUGCUAGUUAUUGGUGUGCAAUUAAUUUAGAUCAAUAAAAAUAAUUGAUUUAUCACUCAAUGA